AUGGGAAUCGAUCCAAUAACUCAUAAGCCCAAGAACCACACUCUUGGCUCAUGCCUUAGCCACAUGGCUCAGUGGGAAAAUGCUCGCCUUGAAGCCGAAGCUAGGCUUCGUUGUCGCUCCAGCCCAUACCACUCUCAGCUACUAUACACCACCAGUCCUCUGCCCUUAGCAGCACCACCACAGCAUGCACCACGACCACCGUAUUUGGAUAUACUAAAGGUUUGGCAGGGAAAAUGUUAUUUCAACUCCAUUGAACGUCUGGAGUCUCCAACCACUCUUUUAAACUUUCCAGCAGAGAAUAUUUUCACCGCCCCUCGUGGAUUUUCUGUGGGUUUUUCGGGUGCAUAUGAAACUGGGACCGAAACAGAAGAUGCACAAAAUAAUUGGACAUGCAUAGGAAACCCUAAUGGCAUUUCUUGUCCAAUUGAUUCUUCUUAUACUGCAAGCUUCAUGGAGGGAUUCACAGAUCUUCAGCCUAACCUAACACGAUUCUCUAGUUGUUAA